UUUCCUUAGACCGCUUCCUAACCUUACGUGAGGCCUCCUUACAGUGAAGGACCAAUGGAGGAAGCAAGCGUACUCUGAAAGCUGCCUUCGCCCGUCCUCACGUGAGGAACGGUUGCCGCCCGCCUGAGUUGGAGAAUAUCACUUAAAAGCUUUACGCAAACACCAUUAUUGAAUAAAAAUAAGUUGUAUCGUUGCGCAAGUUUUUUAAUUGAAGUGGUAAUAUAAAGAUGCGGUGACACGUUCUUAUAUUUUUUGUUUACUAUAAGUGACAAAGUACCCCAUUCUAGCGCAAAAACUUGAUGCGUUCUAAUAACACUGGCACGCAUGCGCCGUGCAAUGCCUAUCAAAUCUAUUCGUACAGAACGCGCGAUUGAAACCAACAUGCCUGGCAAGACAUACUUCACCGAAGAAGAGAAAGACCUUGUGCAGGACCUCAUCAACAAGUAUAAGGACGUCAUCGAGAACAAGCGCACGGACGCCGUGUCGUUAACCGCGAAGGCCAAGGCAUGGGAAAAACUGUGCGCAGAAUAUAACAGCAGGCCCUUUGUGCGUGCCCGGGACGUCAAACAGCUCAAGAAGCUGUGGGAUAACUUGAAGCAAAGGUGGAAGCGCGAGAAAGCGAAACAAAUUCGUGACGUCAUGGCUACAGGAGGCGGCCCGCCACCACAGCCUAUAGAUGAUCGGCUUGCACAGGUUGAAGCAGUCGUGCCACACCUGACCACGCGAGUACCAAACCCCUUUGACAGCGACCGCCCGCUAGAUGCUCCAUCAGAUACGCAAAGCGCUUUGGAGAUACUGAACGGGAUGUUGCAUGACAGUGGACCGGCCGACAGUGAUGAAGAACGAACACUCGAACUCAGCUCAAGUGACAGAGCAGCAAUGCAGUCAAUGGUGCACAGCUCUUGUACAUCAUGCAUGGGUGAUGAAGACAAUCCUUCUAUACAUGAGCCUGGAUUUGACACAAACACACACAACAGUCAACGUGCAGAUGAGCCAAGUAUUCGGCAUGUCCGUGGAGGUAGGCUAGGUCUCUUGCAGGAGACACUUCAGGCUGAACUUGAGGCUCGUCUCGAUGCCAUCAAAAGCGAGAAAAAAAACAAAGCAAUUGAACACAACGAACGACUGAGAUGCAUUGUAGAAGAACACGAGCUGAAAAUUAGCCACCUGAAGGAGCAGCACAACGAUGAAAGGAAAAAACGAAAUGUGCUGCAUAAAAUAAAGUUCGUAUUUUGAAAGAAAAAGAAAAGGUGCAAAAACUGAAGCAGGAGCUCCUGAAAAAACAGCUGCAGGCGGAUGACUCUGAUUAAAGGAUAUCUGUAAUAGUAACUUGUUGAAGUGCAAAGGCAAGCAAACGUAGCUAAGGUUUUCAAUACAUUAUGCCGCAACUGAUGGCAAGAAUGCUCAGGUUCUUCUUGUUUGUUUUGUUUCACAGGUAACAACUAGUCAUUGUGCACAUGUACCUGUUGUAUUUUACUUUGAAUAAAUUAUGUCAUUUUCUGAAGAAACAGUAGGCCUGAAAUGUCGUUUUUCAACUACAACAUGUCAUGUUUACAAAUAGCAAUGUUUUGCUCACUGCACACAGCGUUUUACUCACUGCAAGGUCAGCCAGCCUCAACUGGUAGUCUGCGGGUGACUUGAACACAUUUGUCCAGCAGCUAGCAAACACUCUCAAUGGUAUGUGGAACAUAGCUUUUCGAACCACCUAACAUACACUGCUCACAAUAGACACUGAGUAGCUGCAUGUUUAAAUCAAGUCCACUUCAUCGCUCCUGUGCCCAGAGGAAAAGCACCGACGGAUGUAGCAGCUGCGUACUUGUGUGCCCAGAAGCGUGUCUGGAUCCCCUUGGGUAGUACUGUCAGGCAGACUCGCGUCGAGGUGUUCCUCAUCAGGACGUGGACAAGGGUCUCGCAACAUACGGGCAAGGUUGUGCAGUGCUGCACAAGCUGUAAUAAUGGCUGCAGACCGGUCAGUCUUUGUCAGCAGCUUUACCCUCAGGCAAGCGAAGCGCCUCUUCCAUACGCCAAAUGCGCGUUCCACGCUGUUUCUCGUUCGUAUA